CCCUCUACCUAGCAGAGAGAGGCAACAAGGAGAUAAUCUAAUCGCAUCAUGGAGAUGGAGCUCAACCUUGUCUCCUACGUGUCCAUCGCCCUCUUCGUCCUCUCGGCCGCGUACGUCUACCGCACGACGCGGAGCCGGUCGCCGAGGCAGCGGCUCCCGCCGGCGCCGCCCGGGUGGCCCGUGAUCGGCCACCUCCACCUGCUGACGGACAUGCCCCACCACGCGCUGGCGGAGCUGGCCAAGACCAUGCGCGCCCCGCUGCUCCGGCUCCGGCUCGGCAGCGUCCCGGCCGUGGUGAUCUCCAAGCCCGACCUGGCCCGCGCCGCGCUCACCUCCAACGACGCCGCCAUGGCGUCCCGCCCCCACCUCCUCUCCGGCCAGUUCCUCUCGUUCGGGUGCUCCGACGUGACCUUCGCACCGGCCGGGCCGUACCACCGCAUGGCGCGGCGGGUGGUCGUCUCCGAGCUCCUCUCGGCGCGCCGCGUCGCCACCUACGGCAGCUUCCGGGGCAAGGAGCUGCGCCGCCUGCUCGCGCACCUCACCAAGAACACCGCGCCGGGGACGCCCGUUGACCUCAGCGAGUGCUUCCUCAACCUCGCCAACGACGUGCUCUGCCGCGUGGCCUUCGGCCGCCGCUUCCCGCACGGCAAGGACGACAAGCUCGCCGCGGUGCUCGCCGAGGCCCAGGACCUCUUCGCCGGGUUCACCAUCGGGGACUUCUUCCCUGAGCUCGAGCCCUUCGCGAGCACCGUCACGGGCCUCCGCCUUCGGCUGAAGAGCUGCCUCGCGGACCUCCGCGAGGUCUGCGACGACAUCGUCGAGGAGCACGUGAGCGGCAAGCACCAGCGCCUCCCCGGCGACCGCGACGAGGACUUCGUCGACGUGCUCCUCCGCGUCCAGAAGUCGCCCGACCUCGAGGUCCCGCUCACCGACGACAACCUCAAAGCCCUCGUCCUGGACAUGUUCGUCGCCGGCACGGACACGACGUUUGCGACGCUGGAGUGGGUGAUGACGGAGCUGGUGCGCCACCCGCGCAUCCUGCAAAAGGCGCAGGAGGAGGUCCGGCGGGUGGUGGGCGGCAAGGGCCGGGUGGAGGAGUCGGACCUGGCGGAGCUCCACUACAUGCGCGCCAUCAUCAAGGAGACGUUCCGGCUGCACCCGGCGGUGCCGCUGCUGGUGCCGCGGGAGACCGUGGCCGCGUGCACGCUGGGCGGCUACGACAUCCCGGCCAAGACCCGCGUCUUCAUCAACACCUUCGCCAUGGGCCGGGACCCGGAGAUCUGGGAGGACCCGCUGGAGUACUCGCCGGAGCGGUUCGAGGUGGCCGGCGCCGGCGGCGAGAUCGACCUCAAGGACCCGGACUACAAGCUGCUGCCGUUCGGCGGCGGGCGGAGGGGGUGCCCCGGGUACACGUUCGCGCUGGCCACCGUGCAGGUCUCGCUGGCCAGCCUGCUGUACCACUUCGAGUGGGCGCUGCCCGCCGGCGUGCGCGCCGAGGACGUGAGCGUGGAGGAGACCUUCGGGCUGGCCACCAGGAAGAAGGAGCCGCUCUUCGUCGCCGUCAGCAAGAGCGACGUGUACCAGUUCAACGGGGAGGAACUCAACGAGGUUUAAAUUAUUUUUUGCUUAGUAGUAAAAAAAAAGUCUCUUCUUCAAACAAUGCAAAUAAGAGAGUAGGUGCGAAUCAACCUGUGGUAGAGUUGGUUAGGUGAACAGUGGUAUCCCCAACCUAUCAGGGUUUAAAUCCUGGUGCUCGCAUUAUUUCUGGAUUUAUUUCGGGAUUUCCGGCGAUACGCUUUCAGUGGGAGGAGACGUUCCCGUCGACGACGAGGCGUCUACGGUGACUUCGUAAAUCUCAAGAUGAUAUGCCGGCUCAGUCUCUCGGAGAUGCUCAUAGGGGUAGGGUGUGCGUGUGUGCAUUCAUAGGGGUGAGUGUAUGCGCGUGUAUAUGAGCGCUUGUGUCUGUACUGAUGCUUAAAAAAAAAGAAUAAGUAGCUAGGUGAAAAAAGCAAGGAAGAGAGAGAAUAGGUAAAAAACACGUGUUGGUGCCUAACUUGCUGUGGUAAGAGACGUGUAUGUUUGUAAUUUUGUUCCGGUAAUUCUUUAAAAAAAUUGCAAUAUUUUGCAGUCACUUUCACUCUUUCA